AGACUGCCUAUUGUGAUGCCUUGACUAAUUUUACCUGUCAGUGCAUGGAGCAAUCUGCCCCGGAUGCCAAUGGAGGAGAGUGUCCAGAGUGCCAAAGUGGGACAUACACCAUUCGAAACCGUCCCUGUGAGCCCUGUCCAGCAAACAGCGACUCCCACGAGGCAGGUCUCGCUGAAUGCUCGUGUCUCCAUGGAUACUACAGAGCUCCUUUAGACUCAGUCCACGAUCACUGCACAAGUUAGUCAUCUUAGCACUUGCUGCUUUGUAACGCA